AUGCUCGACAGCCAAUCUCUCGUGCCACGGCUUGAGUCGGUGGUUUCCAGCGUCAACCCACCAUCAGAGGACGCCGCCUACCAGGUUGUGGACGCAGUAACUACUGCAGCGAUUUGGAGGAGUCACCAGGCCGUCCUGGAAAAAAUCUCGCGGGCAUGCGGUGCACAACAGACCACCCUCGGACUCGUACGGCUGAUGGCAAUGACGAACGAGUUUCUGGACCGAGACCACCCUGAUGGUGGACCGAACACCGCCAGUCUCGAGGGCGAUGAACCGGUACCAUGCCAUAUCGACGUCAGGGCGCGAGGUCGGGUGGGGACCAACUGUUGGACUCUCACUCAACCAGAUGGAGACGGGUUCUCCGACGACACGAUCAGCGAUGGUGACGCGUCUUGCGUCUCGACUUCCGGCGGAACCGUAACUGGAGAAAGGAGUUCCACCAACAAGAGGCAAUCUCGCGGAGUGGAAGGAUCAGGGAGUUUCGAGACCCUGGCCGACCUCCCUUUACCCGCAGCGAUCAACAUCAAGAAGGGCAUUAAUAGGGGGAGGUCAAUGUCUCGGCACGGCUCUGGCAUGAUGACAACGCCAACGUCGGAAGGUCCCUCUACCGCUCGCUCACAGGCCUCCAGCGCCAAGUCGGUGGUCCACCCGGCGAUGGCCAUGCUCUUCGACAUGGCUGAUCGGAGAGAUGUCGGUUGGCUCAACGUCUUCCUGGAGUAUCAUGGACACAAGCAGUGGGCCAACCCGGCCUUCAUCAGAGCGACCCUGGUUACCCUCGACAUUUCCAAGGGCGGGAACGAGCCGAUCAACCGGCACCACUUUGUAAGAUUCUUGCUCUUCUUGAUGAGAAAGGAUCCCCUCAUGGAGUUCGCUGCUCGACCGAUUCCCCCCGACAAGUGGUCAAUCGGGGUCCCAGAACAAGCAAGGGAGUUGGCCGAGAUACUGAAGGAGAUUGCGAGUCGUAGCCGCACCAAGCCCGUUGCUGCCCGUCGGCGACUGAACCGGGCCCUGACCUCAAAGCAGGUGCUUGGCCAACAGAACGCGCCGGCAGCGCAAGUAUCGACGGCGGCGGGGGGCGAGGAUGGCGCCACAGGCGAUGCAUUUGCGAAGGGCUUGGACCGGUCAAGCCACCAGGUUUCUCCCCAGGUGAACGUUCGGGACUGUGUGGGCUAUAGAAGGCCUUCCACAAGUCCGGCGGGGGUAGGAGCAUCCAGUCAACGGCAGCACCAGCACCAGCAGCAGAAAGGGGGCAAGAGGGGCAGGCUUUCCGGAGGAGAAGGAGGAGGAGGCGUUGAGAAAGGAUUGGGGGCGUUCUUGCAUCUCGACUACACGGUGCAGGCUAGCCUUGUCGAGACGGUCGCGAAUGUUCGACCGGGCGUCACGGUCCAAGAGAUGGGUUUCCCCGAAGAAGGGGGCGUGGACGGGUCGGGGGAGCCGGAGGUGAUUCGAAUGAAGGCAGGGCCGGCAGACCUGCAAAUCCCAGGGAGACUGAGCCGCAGCGCAUACAAGGGUUGGAUGAAGGCCCCGACCCCCGACUGCUCGGUGGGUCCAAGGCUUCUACCGAUUACGAUGGAGACGAAGGGCGUGACAACGACGGUCGCGACUUCGACGGUGGCCAUGGUCGAAGACUCAGCGCGUCCGUUUCCGACAACGCACUACCGUCGAGCUUAA